AGUAGAUCUGGGAUAGUGUGCGACGGGUGGGAUAGUGUUCAGCACAAUUAUCGAGGGGGUGGUUGAUGCUGUGGUGGUGGCGGAGCAGUGGGAAAGAUAGUGUGUACGUUGCAGUGUUUUGGCGUCGUUCAAACGCGCUGUAGGCGUGUUACAACCACGUGGCUGCCGAAAACGUUGGAACGACGGCCGUCAGCCGGGACUUUCACCCGGACCAGGCAGGAUGAUUUUCUGUCCACUUUGCGGCAACAUGCUGAUCAUGCAAUCUUCGCUGCAUGGCUACUUUUUUGGCUGCAACACGUGUCCCUACAAGCAUGAGCUCGGCGAACACCGGGUGACUGCGCGACGCAGCAUGCACCACGAUGAGCGGGCGGACGAAAUUUAUGGCGGCGAUUCAGCCAAGGAGAUGAUGGACAUGACUGAAGCGGACUGCCCCAAGUGCCAUCACAAUCGCGCCAGCUACGUGCAGCAACAGACGCGAUCGGCAGACGAGCCCAGCACCGUAUUUUACUGCUGUGAAAAGUGCAACCACAAGUGGAAUGAUGGCUCAUAG